AUGCCUUGCAACCAGGCUCUGCCAGCCUCGUGGUUGUCGGUGGACUUGGUAGCGCAGUUGACUGCUCUGAACGAUUCCAAGCCCAAGAGCCCGUCGAUCGACAAUGACAAGUCUCAACCCCCAACACCUGAUGGAUCUGGAAAGCCCAUCAACUUCCAGACCAUUGCUCCAGGGCUUUACCGAUCGUCAUACCCUCAACAUGGCCACUUCGAACAUCUGGCCGAUCUGGAGCUCAAGACCAUCAUUACACUAGUUCCGGAAAGCCUCCCUCUCGAAUAUGCCAACUUUAUCAGCACCAACGGCAUUAACCACCAUCAAAUUCCCAUCCUCGCCAACAAGGACGAGAAGAUUUUCACAGAUGCCGAAACCGUCAACAAGGUACUCUCAAUUAUGCUCGAGCCUGCCAACUAUCCGCUGCUGCUGCACUGCAACAAGGGCAAGCAUCGCACCGGCUGCAUGACUGCAUGUUUUCGCAAAGCUACUGGCUGGUGUCUCGAAGACGUCCUCGAAGAAUACGUGACGUACUCAACGCCCAAAUCUCGCGCUCUUGACAAGACAUUCAUUGAGCAUUUCGACGCCUCGUCUCUGAAGCCUAUCGCGCUGGAGCGCGGAUAUGUUGGAGGCGUGUACGGACCUCACCUCUUUACCUCGACACAAUCAUCACUAUACAGCAACGCUACUGUGGACACAGAAUGCACCAUUGCUUCGGAGCAGAAGCAGCAAAAGAACGACUACCACGAGAAAGCGUUUAAGCAAACCGCCGCCGACAUGGAAUCGACCCGUCUGUGGUCGCACAAGUAG